CAGCAGCACCCACCCACUCUCCCCUCCUCGAUUCCCGAUUCCUCCUCGCUCUCGCGUGCCAUCGCCGUUCACCGCGCGCUCAUGUCGUCUUCUCCCUCCGGAUGCCAAUGUCUUGCCAUGACCAUGCGGCCGGCCACCGCCGUCUUUUCCAGCUAAGAACCACCACCACCACCACGAGGCUUUUUCUUUCCCUCCUCGUCGCCGUCCUCCUGGUCGCCGACGUCUGCUCGGCGGCGCGGCAGUUCUCCACGGUCGCCAUCUCGCACGCGCCCAACGCCACGCUCGUCUGCGCCCUCGUCACCGCCGCCGCCGAUGACGACGCGGGGUCGCCGGGCUCCAAGCAGCUGCGCUGCACGUCGCUCCCCGACGGCGAGCAGUUCGUGUACCCCUCCGCCGACAUCCCCUACAACGCGAUCGCGGCCGGGACCGACUUCCUCUGCGGCCUCAUGGCGCCGCUCGGCGGCCACGCCGCCAUGCGCUGGUGGUCCUUCACCGAGGAGUUCGCCGCCAACCGAUCCCGCCCCGUGGGGCGCCGCCUCUACUGGGGCCCGUCGCUGCGCUCGCUCAGCGCCGGCGGAUCCCACGUCUGCGGCCUCUCCGACGACCACGACCCCACCUGCUGGGAGUGGCCGCACCUGGACCUGCCCAAAGGCCUCGACUUCUCCCGCAUCGCGCUGGGCCACGACUUCCUCUGCGGCAUCGACAAGCUCGACAACACCAGCAUGAGCUGCUACGGCGCCAUGGCGGCGCCGUCGCUCGCGCCCGACCCCGCGCCCUUGAGGACCGUCGCCGCCGGCCACCGCCACGCGUGCGCCGUCGACGCGGAGGGCGGCUUCGCCUGCUGGGGCGACGGCGACGGCGACGUCCCCGAGGUGCCGGCACACGAGCUGCCGGACGACAUGUUGGCCAUGGCGCUCGGCAACGGCACGACCUGCAUCCUCUCCGGCAGCGGCAGGGUCCGGUGCUGGGGCGCCGUCCAGGUGCCGGACCAGUACAGGACCGCGGAUUUCCUGGCCAUCGAGGCCGACGGCGACGCGGUGUGCGGCAUCCUCAACAGCAACUACUCCGUCGCGUGCUGGGGGAGGAGCGACCGCUUCGGCGCCGGCGGUAGCCUAGUCUACAACAGCACCAUGCCCGGCGCGUGCGCGCGCAAGAAGAGCUGCCCCUGCGACAUCAUCUCGGGCUCCGGCGCGCUCUGCGGCACCGGCGGCGCCGAGGGCGGCGAGGAGCUCGCCGUCUGCCGGGCCUGCGCGACGCCGCUGAACGCGUCCAGGAUCCUCAUUGCCAACGGCAGGGCGGGACCGGCAGCCGGAGGCGACGCCGGGAAGAAGAAGGCCAAGACCCUGGCCGUCGCGGUCGGCGUCGGCGCCGCGGUACUCGCGGCGGCUGCGGUGGCGCUCUACCUCGUGGCUUACAGGAAGCCGGACAAGAAGAAGAAGACGCUGACGCUGCGUCUAGGGGAGCGGUCGUCGCGGCGCCCGUGCCGCGACGUGGAGGCCGCCAUGGUCAUGCCGGCGCCACAGGUCUCGCCGCUGCGGUCGGCGCGGCCGCUCGGGUGCGAGGAGUUCACGCUCCGGGACCUGUCGCGCGUCACCGACGGCUUCUCGAACGAGAAGAAGAUCGGGUGCGGCAGCUUCGGGUCGGUGUACCGCGCCAGGCUCCCCGACGGGCGCGAGGUCGCCAUCAAGCGGGCGGAGCGCAGCAGCAGCGGCGGACGCCGGAGACGCCGCUUCGACGCCGAGCGCGCGUUCCGCGCGGAGCUGCGGCUGCUGUCGCGCGUGAACCACCGCAACCUGGUGCAGCUGCUGGGCUUCUGCGAGGAGCGCGGCGAGCGGAUCCUGGUGUUCGAGUUCAUGCCCCACGGCGCGCUCCACGACCACCUUCACUGCAGCAGCAGCAGCGGCAACGGCGGGCGCUCGCCGCUGUUCACGUCGUGGGAGGCGCGGCUCCGGGUGGCGCUGGACGCGGCGCGCGGCGUGGAGUACCUGCAUUGCUACGCCGUGCCGGGCAUCAUCCACCGGGACGUGAAGCCCUCCAACAUCCUGCUCGACGGCGACUGGACGGCCAAGGUGUCGGACUUCGGGCUGUCGCUAGCCAGCGGCAGCUCGGCGGCGGCCGCCGCCGCGUCGUCGUCCGCCACGGCCGGCACGGUCGGGUACAUCGACCCGGAGUACUACCGGCUGCAGGAGCUGACGGAGCGCAGCGACGUGUACAGCUUCGGCGUGGUGCUGCUGGAGCUGGUCACCGGCCGCAAGGCCAUCCACCGGACGAGCCAGGACGGCAGCGGGUCCCCGCGGAACGUGAUCGAGUUCGCCGUGCCGGCGGUCGAGACGGGCAGCAUCGCCAGGAUCCUCGACGAGCGCGUGCCUCCGCCGCGCGGGCACGAGGUGGAAGCGCUGGCGCGCGUCGCCAAGAUCGCCACGGAGUGCGUCCGGCCACGGGGGCGCGCGCGGCCGAUCAUGUCCGAGGUGGUGGCGGAGCUGGAGUGGGCCGUCACGCUGUGCGAGGAGUCCGUCGUGGCCAGCGACGCCGCCGUGGGAACCGUCGGCGGGCAGCAGAACAGCUCGCGGCACGGCGGCUCCGACCUGCCGCGGUCCGAGUCCGACGGCCCGAGCCCGUUUCACACCCGUGAACUGGGUUUCGGCUUCGGGCCGAGCCGACCAGUCACCCAUGGCAGGUCCCACUCGACAAUGUGAAAUCAUUGUUUUUUGUCUCUUCUUUUCUCUUCGCCGUCUUCCACGGUUGGUUGGUAUACUGUAUACAUUGUAUAGGCUGAAUUAGUCGAUGUGCAUAAAAAAAAUCAAAUUUUGAAAAGAAAGAAAAAAACAGAGGGAGAACAGUUCUUCGGAUGGAUCGUUUCUUAUGUGAAUAAUUAAAAGUUUUGACUUGUAUAGAUGAGGAAAAAAUUCUCAGUGUGUUUGACCAAAUCUAAC